UCCGCACCUGGAGCUCCGCCCCCCCCCUCCCCUCCAGGCGCGAGCGUGGUGGAGAUUUCCGGUUCAGCUGCUGGAAAGGUUGGGAGUGAAGGCCGGUGUUGGGGCGGUGUAGGUGGCUGGCUGAUGUAAUAAGAGAGACUGCAAGAAGAAUGGCACAAGAUGGUAUAUACUAUUACAGAUUGCCUGCUGUCAGAUUCAUCCCUCUUAUUAAUAUUAUUCUGUUUGUGGAUGGAAUAUCUACCAUCAUACUCUGGAUUUUAGGUGGUCGCUCUCACUAUUUGGAAAACGAUGUACUUAAGUGGUGCUUCUGGAAGUCAACCUUUGAUCUUGCAGCAUUUUGCACAAUGAAAACAUGUAUUCUUAUUGUAAUUUACUUGACGAUGGAGUCUAUUGCCCUGAAACAGAUUGACGAUCUUAACAAUUCCAAUCUUAAACGGAAAAGGGAGCUCCUGCACCUGAUUAGCUUCACCAUCUCGGGUCUCUGGGUUGCAUACACAAUGGCCAAAGGAAUUACGGUCCUUGUAACACAGAGCUAUAAAGAGAUGCAUCUAACAUUCAAGAUUGUUUGUAUUUCUACCUUGGUCUUCAGCCUGGUUGAGUUCCCCUUUUGUGUUUUUUGUAACAGGUUUCUGAGAAGGUUGCAGAUUUUCCGUAUUGUGCAAAGCAUUGAAGAAGAAAGGGACCAAAAAGUAAAGCUGAUCUUAAGCGUCUCUUCUCGUUGGCCAAGGAUGAAAUUUGGCUUUGUAUUGGUGGGAUGCUGGCACUUGUUGUCUCCUGUCUUUCACAGAUAGUGGCUCCAUUUUUCUUUGGCAAGGUCAUUGAUUCGGCUAUGGAAUCAAUGGAGGAACUUGACAGAAUGAUUCUUAUCCUCUUCGGCAUAUAUGUUGGUGGUGCAGUUUGUUCAUUUGUCCGUGCCUACUUUUUUGUUCUGGCGGGUCAUAGGCUGGUGGCCAGACUGCGUAAAAGACUUUUUGGGAGCAUUAUAAAGCAAGAAAUUGCAUUUUUUGAUGAAAACAGAACUGGUGAAUUAACAAAUCGCCUGUCAUCUGAUACUCAGAUCAUUCAGAAUACUUUAACAGUAAACCUGUCCAUGUUGCUGCGAUAUACAUUGCAAAUAAUUGGAUCUAUUGUUCUCAUGUUUGUUGUAAGUCCAGCAUUGACUGGAGUACUCCUUGCAUCCGUUCCAGUUGUAGCAAUUGGAGGAGUGCUUUAUGGGGAAUUUGUGAAGAGAUUACGAAAAAAGUUCCAGGAUGAGCUGGCAGCUGUUGGCUCAACAGCUGAAGAGACUAUUUCUAACAUUCGUACUGUGAGAACUUUCUGUAGUGAAAAGAAAUCUGAAGAACUGUAUGGCAAAGGAAUAGAUAAGAGCUAUCAGAUUGGGAAAAAGUUAGCUCUGGCAGAAGGGUCCUUCAAUGGGCUGGUGCUAACUAUCUCACAGGGUGCUAUUGUGCUUGUGUUUUGGUAUGGUGCAAAGCUAGUGUAUGAUGGAAGACAUGGAAAAUCUGGAAUUUCUUUUGGGACUUUGGCAUCUUUUAUGGUCUAUUCGAUGAAUGUUGCUAUGGCAUUUGGAAUGUUGGCAUCUCUUUAUGGUGACUUCAUGCAAGCUGUUGGAGCCUCUAUUCGUAUCUUUGAGCUGCUGGACCGCAAGCCAAAAAUCCCCUGUGUGGGUGGAAAUCGGCUUGAUUCUCUGGAAGGCAGGCUAGAGUUCCAGAAGGUCAGUUUCACAUAUCCCACCAGACAAGCUUCCCAGGUUUUAAAGGAAAUGACAUUUGCAAUUGAACCGGGUAACAUGGUCGCAUUGGUUGGUCCAUCGGGUGGAGGAAAAUCAACAAUAGUCAAUCUGGUAGAGAGAUUCUAUGACCCAGACUCUGGAAGGAUAUUACUUGGAAGAUGUGAUCUACAAAGUUUGGAUCCUCAGUGGUUCCGGCAGAAGAUUUCGAUUGUUAGUCAGGAACCUACGUUGUUUGCAACAUCUAUUAAAAAAAACAUCACGUAUGGAAGAGAGGCGAACAUGGAAGAGGUGAUUGAUGCAGCCAAAAAGGCAAAUGCUCAUGAUUUCAUUGUGUCGUUUGAGAAUGGUUAUGACACGAUAGUAGGAGAACGUGGAAUCAGACUCUCAGGAGGCCAGAAGCAGAGGAUCGCUAUCGCCAGGGCUCUUAUUAUGGAUCCCGUGUUGCUGCUACUUGAUGAGGCUACAAGUGCUCUGGAUGCAGAAAGUGAGCACCUCGUACAAGAGGCCAUUGAUCGGGUUAUGCAAGAACGAACGGUUUUGGUAAUUGCGCACAGGCUUUCAACUGUAAGAAAUGCCUCCAAGGUCAUUGUUAUUGACAAAGGAAGGAUGGUGGAAUGUGGCACCCAUAAAAAUCUUUUAGAGAAGGGAGGAAUCUACAAGAAAUUAGUUCUGCACCAACUGACUGUGGGUGCAGUAGAGUUUGGAGGUGAUGACUUCCAAGAAGAUGGCUCUUUGAAUGGAGCACAGGUGGAAGAAGCCACAAAUCCUGAGGGACAAUAUUGGAACAAUGCGGAUAUUGAUAUGGGAGAACAACAAAAUGGUUAGACUGUAAUGGAAACACUGGAAGAGUUUGUUUCACAUUAAUUAUAAGCAAAUGAAAUUGACUUCUUCGCCAUUUGUAUGUGUAAAGUGCUUUUGAAUAUUUGCAACUCAUUUGAUAGUAAAAGUACAAACUUAGUUAUUUAUUUCUAUCUUAACACAACAUACAGAUGCUUGCCAUUGAAUACUCUUGACUGUUGGAUAUUUUAAAUUAAGUGAAUUGCAAAUCACAAUCCCAUUGAGGUGAUACUCCCAGAGGUUUUUCUGUCUUAUAUAUUUAAUACUCUUGGGCUUAUUUCAAACUUGUACGCUGCAGCAGAAGAAUAUAGAAUUGGAAACUUGUGGAAUUCAAAUUCACUUUAACCUGCCCAAUGUCAAUCACUAAUUUUUUUUUGUUCUUCUGUUAGUGUGUAUGUAUCAGUGAUAAGUUAGAAGUGUUAAGCAUGAGAAAAUAACCGAGACCAUGUUCAUUACAUUUGCACCAAUUAUUUUUGUUUUUGUGAUGCAAAGACUACACCAAACAGCAGUUAGCUUUGCUCCUGCUGCUGUAUUGGCGCCACAGAAUUUGCAAACACUUCUAAUAAAUGGCUUAUAAUUGCAUCUUAUUGUAUAACAAGAGACUAACAUUUUGUACAUUUCAAGACUUAUAUUAGUCUUGAAACACACUUUAUUUUUAUGUCCUGUUUUUGACCAUUUUUCCAUCCUCCUCUGACCCCCUACUAGGGCACCAAUCUGCUGCUGCUAAACUAAAUACAGAAACUUUUAUGGUUAAUGUCAACUAAACUGUAGAGGGUUCACAUUUCCUGGAGGGCUCGCUGAAUUGUGCGGAUAGAACUGCUUCCCCACCCCCUAUCCUUCACCGAUUUUUCUACAAAUUGUUUCAAAAUUUGAGAUGAAUUGUAGCACCAGCAACAAUCACUACAGAGCACCCACGUCACCAUGCAACCACAAAACAAUCUAUAAUCGAACUGGUCAUCACAACUCAGCCACUUGGCUGAUUUUCAUUGUAACUUGUUUGUGCUUUUCUGUUAUCGUUUUUAUUAAGAAGACUAAAAGUAAAGAAUUGGGUUCAUUAUUUAGAAAAAAUUAUUAAAAAGAACAUAAGCAGCAACUGCUUUUUUUAUUAUUAAAUAAUCCCUUCUAAACCUGUAGUAGAAAGAAACUGCAGAAAUAAUUUUCAGUGAGUAACAUUUGAAUGAACACUCAUUUAUUUAAAUCAUCUCUUGGCAAAUUUUGCUCCUUAGCCGCAUUGCACUCAUUUUUAUUGAAUUUUCCACCCGCUGAUUAUAUGCUGGUUUGAUACCAUGGCUUCCUCAGUAAGAAUUAUUCAAUGGAAAUGAAUUUUUCAUCAUGGCAAGUAACUUAUUUUGUCUUACUUUGUAUUUAAAUCAAAAGAAUUUUUAAGUUAUGUGGUGACUGUGUAGAAAUAUUUGAUGUGCACUUUAUAAACUAAUACAAAAUUGUACUUGUUGUUAACCAAGUUGGUCAGGUGCAAGUUUUAAAUUUUAGUAUUUGAAAUUGAUAAAUAAGUAACCAUUGAUCUUUAGUGAUGAGAAACAAUAUUUGUUCAAAAUUUAAUUCGUUAUAAAAUGGCUGCAGAGUUCUUUGAAAUUUUAUUGCAAGGUUUUGAAUUUAAUGGCAAUAGAAUUAGAAAGUUUAUCACUAAAUUAACACUAUCUUUGAAUGUAGUACAUCAACUUUUUUUUUACUUGUAUUUAAGGGAAAUUGUAUGAACUUGUAAUAGGAUUUUUAAAGAACUGUGGUGAUAUAGUAACUAUUUUGAAGAAAGCUGUGUAUAAUUGUGUAAAUAUGCCAGAGGCUUAUUGUUUUAUUGCAUAUAUUCUUGCAUAUAUUCAUGACACUUGUGAUGCAAGAUGUUUGAUUCCUCCUUACAAGGCAUCCUUUAGAAUUUUCUUGCCCUCCUUCUGGUCCUUUUUAUCUUGGAUAUUAUCACAGUACAUCAAGCUCAGAAAUAAUUUGCAGUCAAUGCCACUUUACAGCUCUUAAAUACUGCUCAUCUUAAUUACCCUAAAAGCCGAUCAUCUUUCUCAAAAUGAAGGGAAGAUGAUAAGAAAUGUCAUUUGUCCUGGGAAUUACAGAUGUUAGUGUUCAGUCACAGAUUAGAAAAUUGCCAAACUUAUCCUGUCAAACUGCUGUGAUUUAUAGAUAGUAUUAAACUAGAAGGAUGCAUUUGGGGAAAUGUUGCCUGACCUUACACAAUUUCUUCAUUCAUCGUUUUUUUCCAUUCUCCCUUUUUAGAUAAUAGGAGCUAGAUGCAUUUAAUGUUCACAAGGCUUGGGACUUUAUUCAUCUAUAUAAAUUUUCAGCCCCUGCCUAAGUAAAUUUCCACUCUAUAUUUAUGAGUCAAAAGAACAAAGCAAGAAAAAUUAUAGGAUUGUUUUGCCCAAUUGGGGAAAAAAAUGCACUUUGCAUGCAAACAAAUCCAUUCUUGUGCAGGUCACAAUAAAUCUUUCAUUUGAUUGAGGGGUGGUGCACUAUUGGAUUUAUUUUGCAGGCAAGAAUUAUCUUUUACACUGGCAAACUAAAUCUAUUAAUACCUAUGUUCUGAAAAUUGCAUCUGUGAAUAUUUUUCUAUGUUGCAUUAUGCAGAUUUUAAAUUUGUUUGCACUUGCAUUGCCUAUUACUAUAAUGUUGCAGCAUUAUUAUUUAUUAGAGGAUGUUUCACUUGAGUGAUAAUUUUGUUGGACUGCUCAUAAAUUUUCAAUUACAGGGAAGAAAUCCACUGUGCGUGAAUUCUACAACACAGAAAGCUCUGAAGACUUAUUUAAAAUUUUGGCCAUGAGUAUGCAUGGGUUCUUGUAUGUACUAAUUAAAGCCAAGUCAACUCUAUAGUUCUGUAUGCCAACCCUGACAACUACUGUUCAGUGUAUUUAUAUUCAGAAACAUAAUAUUUAAUUUCUGUAACAUUCUUUGGGCCACAUCUCUUACUACUGAGAUCCAUAUAUAUCAAAGAUUAUUUUUCAGAUUUAAGAUACUGUGACAGUACUAUUAUUAAUGUAAGUGUAUUGAAUAAAAUGUUAACUGUUACAAAAUAAAUAUCACAAGAUAUGUUAAAAUGUGCCAACUAUAAUGAAUAUGUGCAAUAACAAUAGUUAACUGUGGAGGAAUAAAGCCGUUCACCAUAUCUUAGCAUAUCCAUGCGAAAGCACUGUACACUCUUGCCACCACUGCUGACGUCGGUCAGAUAGUGCAAACUAUUUCCUGUUACCAUAGGUGUCAAUCACAAAGAAACCUCUUGAAUCAUUAAGCAGCAUUGGAACACUUGGAGAAUAAAUGAAGAUAGAGAUGAAGGUUCCCUCUAUUCUCUGAGCAGCCAGAUAUGGUGGGAUUGUCUUAAAUAAUUCUGAAACGUUUGCCACUGACUUCUUAGUCUGAAGUCUACUAUGUGUCUUAAUCGCUAAGCAUGAAGAGGAGCUUUCACGUUUUUAUCAAAUUAAUCAUCCUCCUUGGAAAGCCAUAGUUUUAACAAUAGUUUCCUUGCAACAGUCCCUGAAAUAGUUGACUUCAUAUUGCAUCAGGUGGACAGUGCACUUAACAAAGAGUAUAGAUGAAUUGCCAGUUGUUUUGGUGAUCCCUUUCACUUUGAUCUGCUGAUCUGCUAACCAGUAUUUCUACUUUGGUCACUUUAUAAUUAUGACACUAAUGAGGAUUUCCUUUUAUUUUAGUUUAAAAGGUAAAUGUAGCAUAAGUAGUAUUUUGGGCUGGGUUCAGUAAUAUCAUAUUGGCUGGACACCAGAAGAAUGUAGAAUAAUCACCCCUUGAUAUCCUUGAGGUAGGUUUACAUUUGAGUGCAAUACUAUGUGACGAGGGAUCUUUUGUUUCAGGUUCCAUCUUUAACUAAAGCUGUACCUUCCUUCACAAAUAGACAUCAAAAAUCCCUGGUGCUAUUUCAAAGAAUUGAGUGUGCAUGUUUUGUCCAGCUCUUACCCAUCAACCAGCAGCACUACUACUUUUUAAAAAAAAAAGGUAUUUUAACUCAUCUUUUUUGUGAGAUCUUGCUUUGUGCAAAUUGGGCUUGCCAUAUCUCUCCUCACUGUGAACCUUUUGACACAUUUGUGGUUUGAAUUGUUAAAUACAAGAAAAAUAUUAAUUUCCCCAGCACUUUGGUCCCAAUCUUUGAAUGACUAUCAAAUUUUUCAUUUGUAAUCUUUUUUAACUUUCAGUAACAUUAUUUUACACCUUGUUUGAGCAUGAAUUUGAUACAUCUUUAUGUAAACAAAAAAUCUAUGAUGUUUGAAUUCAGCAAGACUGCAUGGAAACUGAAA